AUGGUGCAGAUACUUACUGACCAUGGAUGCUUUGGUAAGUACCUGCACCGCAGACAGAGGGAGGAAUCCUCCAUGUGCCAUGAGUGUGGCGCACCGGUGGACACGGCGCGUCAUACACUCGAGGAGUGUCCUACAUGGGAGCUCCAAUGGGCCACCCUUCAGGCAAAAUUAGGAGUAGACCUUUCGUUGCCGAGCAUAGUGAAUAUCAUGCUGGACAGCGAGGAGGCAUGGAAGGCGAUGGCCACCUUUUGUGACGAAAUUAUGUCGCAGAAGGAGGCAGCGGAGCGUGCGCACGAGAAUGACCCUGACGCGCAUCCACUCCGCCGACGACGGGCUGGGGGCAGAGCCAGGCGCUAUGCGCGCUUGCUGCCUCCGCCGUAG